GAGUUCCAGACCGCCCCGGUGGAGAGAGCCACCGGCCACCGUAAUCCUCCCCGACGGCGCCGUAGAUUAGUAGUUAGUUGUUGGCCAUUAUUGUCGCGCAACUCAAUCCCACUGACGGUGAGCGAAAGAGGCGGUGUCUUGGGAGCGCAGCCUUGUGGGCGACUCACGUCUAUCGUUGCUAACCUCAAUAAUAUUACCAAGGGGCUCGUCCCGUUGCUGUCCUCUAUCCUGUCCUCUAUCCUGAUCGAUCCCCUGAAGCGCAGUCACUAGAUAAGGAGCUUGCUGUCGUGCGCGCCCUUCCUUCCCCUGAAAUUCCCUAGAAUCUUGCACCAGACCUAGCAGAUCAUGCUUGCGCGAUGACCCCCGCCAGAACCAAGUAACGCUACAAUCUACUUUCCGCCUCGCCACUCGUCCGUAUCGUGAUCACGGUCGCUUUGCGCCAAGGCGAAAAUGACCGGGUGGACAGCAACACAAUGGAUCCCAUGGAUGACUCUCAUCUCCACCUGGAUUGAAGGCACCGCCGGAGACAGUAGCCAGUCUGUCUGCCCAGCGAGAGGCUGGCAGACCGUCGAGGCCGAGUUCAUCCAAUGGCCCAAAUGCCCACAGACCCAGUGGGAGGGCCAGUCAGUCCUUGAUACCCCAGCCAUUCCCCCACAUCUACUGAAGGACCCCGAAGAGACUGUCUCCGUCCCCAUGGCAUCCUCAAGCGAGACCACCGUCCCCACACCCGACGAACGCCCCGACCACGAGCUGGACACCGAGUCCCCGCUCGACAACGCCAACUUCCUUUCCUUUGAGGACUGGAAAAAGCAGAACUUGGCCAAGGUCGGUCAGUCGGCGGAGAACGUGGGUGGAAACCGACGGGGCGGUGCUGAGAAGGAGGAUAGGCGACGGCCGACGGGUAUCAAUAACGCUUUGGACUCCUUGGGUGACGAUGUAGAGAUCGAGUUGGAUUUUGGCGGUUUUGGCGCUGAUACACCGGAAACAGCGAAGCCUACGUCCUGGGGAGCGCGCGUGCCCCCGGAGGCGAAGGCUGGCACGGUCCAUUCUGCAGAGAAUCGUGAAGUGGAUGCUCUUUCUCAGGGUGUUCCCCAAGCAGGCGUGUCGCGCUCGAAGGAUGCGGGCACGACUUGUAAAGAACGGUUCAACUAUGCAUCGUUUGAUUGUGCAGCGACGGUGCUUAAGACCAACCCGGAGUGUACGGGGUCGUCAUCGGUGUUGAUUGAAAACAAGGACAGCUAUAUGCUGAAUGAGUGUCGGGCAAAGAACAAGUUCCUGAUUCUGGAGCUCUGCGAUGACAUUCUGGUGGAUACGGUUGUAUUGGCCAACUACGAGUUUUUCAGCUCCAUCUUCCACACCUUUCGAGUCAGUGUGUCGGAUCGAUAUCCAGCUAAACCGGACCAGUGGAGGGAGCUUGGAAUUUUCGAGGCGAGGAAUACGCGGGAGGUUCAGGCCUUUGCGGUCGAGAACCCGCUGAUCUGGGCUCGCUAUGUCCGGGUUGAGUUCCUGACGCAUUAUGGAAAUGAGUUCUUCUGCCCACUCAGCUUGAUCCGGGUGCACGGGACGACCAUGCUGGAGGAGUACAAGCAUGACGGCGAGGCCAGUCGGGUUGAGGACGUGGUGCCAGAUGAAGUGCUGGAGACUGCGCCUGUGGCCGCGGAGCCAGAGACUACCCCUACGCUGAAUUCAUUGGCUGAUGCCGGGUCGGCGGAGAGGGAGGCAAGCGACCAGAUACUGGAGACUUGCCCUAACCUGGGACCAGACAUUGACGAGACGGUUCUGAUGAAGCUCCUGGGGGUCACCGAGACAUGUAGUGUACAUGACUCCCCGGUUGCUGCUGGGCCUGAAGGGGCUCCGACGCCUGCUAGUCGCCCGUCGAUAAAUGACGCAACCCCUCCUAAGGGCGAUGAUGCUGCUUCUUUGGCUGCUGUAAACGAGACACCGGUCAAGGAGCCCGGGGAGCCGAAAGCGACGGUGGCGGUUGGCACAAAUGUCGACACGGCCCCAGCGUUCGCUACAACGGCUGUUCAAGAGACUGCAUCUCAGGUCGUAUCGGAAGCCGACAGUCGGUCGACUACGUUGGCGAAGGAAGAGCAAAGCGGUGCAGUUGAAUCGACGCGGCCUACAGCGGCACAGCCGCCUUCCUCGAACCCGACUACGCAGGAGUCGUUCUUUAAGUCUGUGAAUAAGCGGCUACAGAUGCUGGAAUCUAACUCUAGCCUGUCAUUAUUGUACAUCGAAGAGCAAUCGCGGAUCCUGCGCGACGCGUUUAACAAGGUUGAAAAACGGCAGCUGGCGAAAACGACCUCCUUCUUGGAGAAUCUGAACGGUACGGUCCUCCAUGAGUUGAGGCAAUUCCGUGAGCAGUAUGACCAUGUGUGGAAGAGCGUUGCACUGGAGUUUGAGCUCCAGCGGGUCCAGUACCAUCAGGAGGUGCAGUCGCUGAGCACGCAGCUGGGGGUCCUGGCCGACGAGCUGGUAUUCCAGAAGCGUGUAGCCGUCAUCCAGAGCAUCAUGAUUCUCUUCUGCUUCGGGCUGGUGCUCUUCUCGCGAGGCGCCGUCAGCAGCUACAUUGAGUUGCCUAGUAUGCAGAACAUGGUGUCGCGGUCGUACAGUUUGCGAUCGUCGUCGCCUCCCUUCGGUUCGCCGUCCGUGAGCCCGACAUCGUCGAGUCGACGCGCUGGCGGUCACCGACGCAACUUGUCUGAGGAUUCGCAAGACGGACCGAUCAGUCCGACGCUGGCCUACUCCCCGCCGACCCCAGUGUCCGAUGCUGAGAAUCGGACGGGGGACUCGCUCGCAUUGCCCGAGGUGACACCACCGACACUCCGAUCGCGCAGGGGCGAGGAUGAAACCCCGGAGGAGUCGUCUGCAUCGGGGGAGUCACCGGAUGAAGGGUCAUCAGACAAGGACAAGCUCAACGAGCUCAAGGCGGCCCCCGCAAAGAUCAACUCGAUGGAAUACCACCGCCAGGUGUUGCAAGGAAAGCUGGAUAGUGGUGAUGACAAGAACCAAGCCAGUUACGUCUCGCCAUCGGAUGAUAUCAUGAGUCCGUGCUCGAAGAAGCUCAGUGAUCUGAAGGGCAAGCGCUUCAAGAAAUCUACACCAUGUCCGCCUCCUCCCGCAUUCCCGUCAUUGCCCAGCCCUUCGUCAGCGACCGGGCCAAACAAACCCUCGACUUGGUACUUCCAAUGUAUUCCCGUUGAGCCCAUCUUUCGUGCCCAGCUCGGCGAGGGCCAGCAGCGAUGGGCUACCUAUCCGGCCAUCAUGGAGACUCUCAAGACCAAGGCCCGCCAGCAGGGCCUGUGGAACAUGUUCCUGCCUAAGAGCCAUUUCUCGCAGGGUGCAGGGUUCAGCAAUGUCGAGUACGGCCUGAUGGCUGAGUAUCUGGGGAAAAGCACAAUUGCGUCGGAGGCCACCAACAACGCCGCCCCAGAUACAGGUAACAUGGAAGUCCUCGCCAAGUACGGCAACGAAGCUCAGAAGCAACAAUGGCUGGCUCCCCUGCUGGACGGGAAGAUUCGGUCGGCUUUCCUGAUGACAGAGCCCGACAUCGCCUCCAGUGAUGCCACCAAUAUCGAGCUCGACAUCCGGCGUGAAGGGAACGAAUACGUGCUGAAUGGAUCGAAAUGGUGGUCCUCCGGUGCUGGCGACCCUCGCUGCCAAAUCUACCUCGUCAUGGGCAAAACCGCCGCCAACAACCCGGACCCCUACAAACAACAAUCCGUCAUCCUCGUCCCUGCGAAAACCCCCGGUAUCACCGUGCACCGCAUGCUGAAUGUCUACGGCUACGACGACGCCCCGCACGGCCACGGGCACAUCAGCUUCAAGGAUGUACGCGUUCCCGUCUCCAACAUCGUCCUCGGCGAAGGCCGGGGCUUUGAAAUCAUCCAGGGCCGUCUGGGCCCAGGCCGCAUCCACCAUGCCAUGCGUACUAUUGGAGCGGCCGAAAAGGCACUGGAAUGGAUGAUCGCACGCAUCAACGACGACCGCAAAAAGACCUUCGGAAAGCAUCUCUCCUCGCACGGAGUGAUUCUUGAAUGGGUGGCGAAGUCACGCAUCGAAAUCGACGCCGCAAGAUUGAUUGUCCUCAACGCGGCGAUUAAGAUCGACCAGGGCGACGCCAAGUCCGCCCUGAAAGAAAUCGCUCAGGCGAAGGUUCUGGUGCCCCAGGCAGCAUUGACAGUGAUUGAUCGCGCCGUGCAGGCAUACGGUGCCGCGGGUGUGAGUCAAGAUACCCCCUUGGCGUAUCUGUGGGCGUUGAUCCGGACCCUGCGGAUUGCGGACGGGCCGGAUGAGGUGCAUCUGCAACAGUUGGGGCGGCGGGAGAACCGGGCACGCAAGGACGAAAUCAUGCAGAAGUUGAAGUGGCAGAAGGAGGAGGGGGCGCGGCUGUUGGAGUCCAAGUCUAAUGUUAUCGACGUUGUUGUCGAGAUCCGAUGA